CAGAAAGCCGUUUAGCGGUAACAAGUGCUGUGCGUUAUGUGACACAUAUCUUCUAGCCGCUUCAAGCACAAGCCCCCAUACUCCAUCCAAAUCAAACGCAUCCCUCAACCGUCAGCAUCCUUCCUCAUCAGAGGCCUGCCGGUGCUUGGUGGCGCAUCAAGCUCACUUUUGAAUCGUCUGAGUAGCGCACAAGUUUCGACUUGCUAGCGAUGACGACUGAGCCCACAGUCUACGGCACCAGCUCCCUGGCGAGCGACGAGCGGCUGAGCGCGCGUGCGACGCGGAGGCGCACUAUUCUCAAGUGGAGCCUCAUGGGGCUCGCCAUCUGCGCCGUGAUCACCGUCCUUGCUGUCAUCGGAAUCAUUGCGCUGCCGGAAGACGCCGCCGUAGCGCCCGUAAAGACAACGAAGUCCACGCCGAACUCCAAGGCAGCGCCAGCUUUAGAUACGGAGGUGACGUGCGUCCAGAGCUCGUACGUGGCCAAUGUUACCAACAUGAUGGAACCUAUCACAGGCUUAAAGUGGACGCACGGCGCACAGCCCAACGCCAAGUCUUUCAUUGCCGUGGACGUGGAAACUAAGUAUCAGGAGAUCAUGGGCUUCGGAGGAGCCUUCACGGAGGCCGCAGCACUGCAGUUCAACAAACUGUCCAAGGAGAAGCAAGAGGAGGUGCUGACGCUCUACUUUGACAAGAACAAGGGCAGUGCGUACACUUUUGGACGCGUACCCAUGGGCUCGUCGGACUUCUCAGCCAGUUCGUACAGUUUUGACGAUGUAGUCAAUGACACGGAGCUCCAACACUUUGAUAAGGAUGUGAAGCACGACCAAGACGUGCUCAUUCCGUUCAUCAAGCGUGCGCUCAAGCGCCAGCCGGAUCUCAAGCUUUUCCUCGCGCCAUGGAGCCCUCCAGCCUGGAUGAAGCGCGCUGCAUUCAACUAUGAGCCUAGCAUGCUCAACUCGGCCAAGCCUAUAGGCCUUAAGGACGACGUUCGUGCGACGUGGGCGCUUUACUUCUCCAAGUUCAUCACAGCAUACAAGAACCACGGUAUCGACUUCUGGGGCCUCACGCCUCAGAAUGAACCGCAAGCAGAAGUUCCUUGGGAGUCGUGUAUGUACACGGCGGAGUAUCAGGCCGAGUUCAUUGGAAACUAUCUAGGCCCCAUGCUGGAACGUGACCACCCCGAGCUUACACUUAUGGUCUUCGACCACAACCGCGGUAGUGUCCGUCAAUGGGCAGAGGAGAUCUACAACCACCCGACUGCGGCCCAGUACGUUGACGGUAUGGCUUUCCACUGGUACGACGAUGAACGCUACAUGGACGGUGUGGAGUACCACGAGCGCUUGAACGACACGUACUUCAUUGAUCCGAACCGCUUCAUGUUGGCUACAGAGAGUUGCAACUGCCCCGAUGUGGGUCACGGUGACCUUGCUUGGUUCCGUGCACAACGUUAUGGUCAUGAUAUCAUGUCGGAUCUUAACAAUUACGUGGCUGGCUGGGUCGACUGGAACUUGAUUCUGGAUCACAAGGGAGGACCCAACCACUUGGCGAAUAACUGCGAUGCUCCUAUCAUUAUGACGGAGGAUGAGAAGGAUUUCUUCAUUCAGCCCAUGUACUACUUCAUCCAGCACUUCUCCAAGUACAUUCCCGUUGGCUCGCGUCGUGUUAAGACGCAGGUGGCUACUCGCUUCACUCAGCCUGGAGAUCCGCAAUUGUACGUUGACUAUCCAUCGAUGCUGGCCCGUUGUGAUGGCAGCUCGCGACAGAAGUGGCGCCCGACGGACGACGGGAAGCUGACGGUCACUGGCACAGGCUUCUGUAUUGAUCUGAAGGAGAUCCCGUGGCAGGGACACCAGGGUCUGUUGGUGGACUGCAGAUACACUCAGCAACAUUGGACGUAUGAGACCGACACUGGUCGUAUUCGCAUGGGCGACUACUGCAUCUCAUUGAACCACGGCUCUACUGAGGAUGGAGCGCGUAUCAGCACCGACUUGUGUGAGGAUGAGAUCAUGCCACACCAGCAGUGGAGAUUCGAUGCUGAAGACGGCACGAUGCGGUCGCUUGCGUCGACGACAGACCAGUGCGUGACUGCCGGCUAUGCGUUCGUGCAGGCUUCCGCGUUCGUGACUCCGGAAAACCACAAAGUGCUUGUGGUGAUGAACGAAAACACUGAGCCGGCCGACUUCGAACUGCAGGUUGGCGGUGUGGCGCUGGAGACGACGGUACCGCCUAGAGCCAUCCGGACGUUCACCUGGGAGUAAGAAAUACUUACUCGAUGAGUAUGCAUGUAAGGAAUGAGAAAAGGAAAGAGGGUGUAAACAUCAACACGACUGCCUCUUGCACAACUAAUGGAUAUUGUUGCUGUGACGACAUC